AUGAAAAAGGGCGGUUACUGGUCCUUCAUCUUAGCAGGCUCAUCUCUUACCCAUCGUAUUGCCUCGCAACAAUGUCAAAAUGCGGAGGAAACGUCAUAUGAACCUAUUGCCAAUACAUCUACAUCUAACCUCAUCGGAAUCAUCGGUGCCAUCUUCGCACUUUUCUCGACCCAGUUUCCGCUAAUUGGUCGGAAAUGGUCCUUGCUGACCUCUGCUACGCUGCAGGGAUUCUCAAUGGCUAUGUAUACCCAGGUCAAGAAUACCGCUGAUUAUGUCUGCCUCAAUGCCCUCGAGCACAUCAUGCAAACGUAUUUCGAUGCUGUGUUAUACGCCUCCGCGCCGGAGAUAAUCAAUACGACGUAUCGCGCCAGCGCAAGCGGAAUGUUCUCUUGCUUAGGACGAAUUACCGGUAUCACAUUGUGGCGCCCAUAA